AUGUCCAGUAUCUUCACUCAGAUGUGGCCGCCAAAACCAGGCUUCACUGAAAGAGACAUUCCUGAUCUGCAAGGCAAAGUCUAUAUCGUCACGGGUGGGAGCAGCGGAGUGGGCAGAGAAGUGGUGCGUAUUCUCUAUGGGCGGAACGCCAAAGUAUACAUUGGCGCCCGGUCAGAAGAACGAGCCGACCAGGCCAUCAAGCACGCACAGGAUAGCUCUCCAGACUCCAGAGGCGCGCUGCACUUCCUGCACAUGGACUUUACCGAUUUAAAGACGGUUCAGUCAGCGGUGAAAAGCUUCGAGACUCGAGAGAAGCAAUUGCACGCGCUGUUCAACAACGCCGGCGUCCAAUCCGCUGACAAAAAUGCCUCUCAAACGGUCCAAGGAUGGGAGCUUCAUUUUGGUGUAAAUUGCCUGGCGCCAUUCCUCCUGACCCAUCUCCUGACUCCGGUUAUGCUGAGGACCGCGGAAGCGGACCAGGAUGUUCGUGUGGUUUGGGUCUGCUCGCUGUCGGUCGAGAUGCUCGGGGAAAAGUCUCGUGGAAUAUCUUCCGACUACCUCGAAUACUACUCCAGUUUGACCGCGCUGGAGCGCUACGGUGUUUCCAAGGCGGGAAGUUGGCUCCACGGUGUAGAGAUGGCGCGAAGAUUUCCUCAAAUCAUCAGCAUCCCUUGCAAUCCGGGACACCUCAAAUCGGACUUGUACCGGGAGCAGAACAAAUGCCUUCAGGGUGCGCUGAAUAUGGCGGUUCUGUAUCCUCCGAUUUAUGGUGCACUCACGGAGCUUGUUGCGGGUACGUCGACUACAGUGCGCGGAGAGGACAGCGGUCGUUGGAUGAUUCCGUGGGGAAGAUGGGGCCAGAUUCGGCCUGAUCUCAUCGAUGCGACCAGAGCUCAGUCCGAGGGAGGAAAUGGACAUGCGAGGCAGUUCUGGGACUGGUGCUUUGAGCAGGUCGCGCCGUAUGCAGGGUGA